CCGGAGUAACACACUGACAAUGCUGAGACCUGCGCUGUUAUUACUUGUACUGCUGGAGUUCCCGGUUCUAGCAUUUAAUCGAAUACCUGCAGGACAGAAGUACAAGGUGGUCUUCCCUAAGAAACUUCAUGCGCAACACAAGAGAGACACUCAGGGGAAGCACCCAGAUCUGGUGCAGUAUGGCAUCCAACUCAACGGCAAACAUGUGGUCCUUCACCUGGAAAAGACUGAAAACCUGAUAUCUGAGAAUUACACAGAGACUUAUUACCUAGAAGAUGGCACGCCAGUAACAAGCAGUCCUCAGGAGCAGGAUCACUGUUAUUAUCAAGGCCACGUGAAGAAUGACAGCAGAUCACAGGUCAGCCUUAGCGCAUGCCAUGGAUUAAGUGGCAUGAUUAUGACUGAAGAGCAGAAGUUCUUGAUUGAACCUCUAAAUGUGACAGAGAAUGGUGCACACGCUGUGUAUUCAUAUCAGGCCCAGGAGACCCCAAAAACUUGUGGUGUGGACGACACAACAUUCAAUGAGACAAUAAUGACUAAGACAGCUCUCUCAAGCACUGAUGAAGAGAGACAGGAAUUCAUGAAAGCGAAAAAAUAUAUCCAGCUCUAUAUGGUGGCCGAUUAUUCCAUGUUCAUUAAGUAUAAACGAAAUAAAGAAGAGAUCAAGAAAAGGAUAUUUGGGAUUGUUAAUUUUGUUAACCAGGUGUAUAAGCAAAUAAAUACUUUUGUGGCUUUGAUCGGAAUGGAAAUCUGGGACACAAGAGACCAAUUUCAGGUAGUUUCAUCACCUUCAAGCAAUCUAGACCUCUUUUCUAAGUGGAGGACGGAGAUACUGCUACCCAGGAAAGAUCAUGACAACGCUCAGUUCCUAACUGACAUUGACUUUGAUGGUACCACAGUUGGUCUGGCCUGGAUCGCUACCCUCUGCAGUCGUACCCAUUCCUCAGGAGUUAACCAGGAUCACAGUAAGGAUUAUAUUACUGUGGGUGCAACAGUUGCACAUGAAAUGGGACACAACCUAGGAAUGAAUCAUGAUGACAAUGCGUGUGGUUGCAACACUUGUGUCAUGGCGCCUGUCUUAAGUUAUGAUCCUCCACGAAAGUUUAGUUUCUGCAGUCAUCAGCACUAUGCUAGUUUUCUCCAAAACCAAAUGCCGCUGUGUACGAAAGACAUGCCAGAGAAAGGGGAAAUCCUGUCUACCCCCGUGUGUGGAAAUGGAUUCACUGAAAGAGAAGAAGAAUGUGACUGUGGCACAGUGGAGGAAUGCAAAAAUACGUGCUGUGAUGCUGCCACCUGCAAAUUAAAACAAGAUGCUCAGUGCGCAGAGGGGGAAUGUUGUUUAAAUUGUCAGCUGAAGAAAGCAGGAUCUGUGUGCAGAUCCGCCAAAGACGAAUGCGACUUGCCCGAUAUGUGUGAUGGAAAAUCCAACACGUGUCCCUCCGAUCGCCUUCGGGUAAAUGGAUUUCCUUGCAGCAAUGGUCAAGGUCGCUGCUAUUAUGGGACAUGUCCCACCCACAAGAGUCAGUGUGAGAAAUACUGGGGACCAGGGUCUGAUGCAGCAGAUGAUGACUGCUUUGAAAAUAACAGAAGAAGUAAUCGAGGUUAUUGUCUCCAAUCUGGAACCCAAAUUCCUUGUGCAGCCAAGGAUGUUAAAUGCGGAGUCUUCUACUGCAAGGGGGGUACCUCUAGACCCAUCCUAAAUGUUGGUUAUUACUCAUACUCAUCAAGAUGUAAAUCCCUAUAUCCCUUUGAACUGGUGGAGACCGGAACACUCUGUGGAGAAGAAAGUGUGUGCACAGAUGGGAAAUGCAUGAGUAUGGAAAACGCUUACAGAGCUACAAAUUGCUCUGCCAAGUGCCCAGGACAUGAGGUUUGUAACGAUAAAAUGGAGUGCCAGUGUGAGGAAGGAGGUGCACCUUACAACUGCAACACCAGGGCUGAUUUUAACUAUGGAUACAUUGCGCUCAUUGUUGUCAUUCUAUUGAUCAUUAUAGUCGCUGGAUUUCUGCUAUAUAAGAGGACACAGCGACGGAAGCAGAGGAGACCUGCAGCAACUGCAUCCGGUGUGACCAAUCCCACUUUCAACAUCCAGAAUCGGACACAGCCAGCGCCAUUAUCCUAUCCAUCUACCCCGCAGGCAUAUCAGAAGCCAAUCUCUGCACCUCCGUCCAGACCAGCCUACCCUCCAUUCCCAUCACAGACGCAGGUGAAUUAUGGGAAUGCUGCAUACCCUCCUCAACCCCCUUCCCAGUCUCAAAAGCCACAGGUUCCCAAUGCAUAUCAGAAGCCAUCCACUGCCCCUCCAUCCAGACCGGCAUACCCUCCAAUCCCACCACAGGUUUUGAAACCCAACUUGAGAAGAUAACAUGAGUUCUGCACCAUAGAUGAAGCCUUCAGUUACACAGAUGUUUUAUUACUGUGUGCUAUUUAUUAUAUUAAGAUCGUAGUAUUAAUGUAUAUUAUUUAUAUGUCAUUAAUGUUAUCAAGUGGACAGGUUAAGCAGGGUAUGAUGGACCUUUGCUUGAUGAUGCAAAAUAUGUUUCCUGCUUUCCUUUAAAAUUUUACAGAGCUGCUGAUUGGUUGAUGGGGCCACUUCUCCACUGGCUCACUUCUCCGCUUUUAUCACUGCUUAGUAAAUGUCCCCCUCAGUUACUAAUGUAGGUGUGUGAGACGGUCUACAAAAAGAAGGCACUCAUCCAGACAAAGGGUUGUAUUCAAAUGAAAUAUCACGCCCAAUCUCCUUUCUAAAGUGAUCCCCGUUCUUGCGCAUAUCGCGCUCAUAGAACUCAGGAUUAGCUACAUAAAGGGAUGGGCGCCUCGCUAACCUGGGGGUAGCGAGCUGAAAUGAUGACACCACACCCGUCAGCAGAAACAGAACGGGUGCGGAAGGGGGUGAAAAGAAUUGAAUACCGCCUAUAGACUUGGCACUGAAUCUGCGAGUAUGCACGAACCUUAGAAAUGUUUUACCUUAGCUACUGUACAUACUGGGAAUGUGCAAGUCUAUGAGGCCACUCAUGCACAGAGAGCUUUCUACCGGAUUCUGUACUGCUAAUGCUUACAAUUAGAUAUCGUACAUGUGCACUACAGCUAGUGAAGACUUUGCAUACAGCUUGAUAAAUUGCACAGAUAUUGCAGUCCCCAUACCCGGCUAUGCGGGGGUGAUACUGUGCGAAAUGAAGGGACAGCAGGAUAAUCAGCAUGUAGCAAUAACCCAGGUCCAGCCUGCAGAGUGAACAAGGUUUCAGCAGCUGUGACACAUGUUUUCAGUGUGAAAGGGGUGUAACUCAGUCUGCAUCCUGUCUCCUGCCUGCUGUCUUAUCACUCUCACGCCACAGUAUCACAGUAUUAUUAGGUGGAGGGACAGCUAUGUGGCUGAUACAGUGGCUGCAGGGCCGGUUCUAGCCCUUGUGGCGCCCCGAGCGAAAAUAGGGGCGUGCCUUCAUACAGGGGCAUGGUCAGUUACGCCCCCUGUAGAGUGGUGCCCCCAUUUGUGCCCCCUGUAGAGUGGUGCCCCCAUUUGUACCCCCUGUAGAGUAGCGCCGCUUUAAAAAAAAAAAACCUACUAUUCCCGCUUCUGAUUCCCGACCGCUGCUGACCUCCGCCGGCGCCGCUCCUCUCCUCUGAUCUAUGGGAGAGACGUCACGACGUCUCUCCCAUAGCACAGCAUAGACACUAGAGGUCAAUUAUGACGCCUAGCGUCUAUGUGCCAGUCCCACAAUGCUGUGUGCGAUGACAUCAUCGUGCACAGCAAAGGUCCUCUCCACGAAGGGAAACUAGAUGGGUAGCGUCUACCCAUCUAGUUUCCUUCACAGCGCCGCACAGCACCGGGGGGCACUGACUAACAGUAGCGGAUCUUGCCAUGGCACGGUGCCCUCCGGAUGGCGCCGGCGCCCUCCGAAAGGCGGCGCCCUGGCCAAAAAUCCAGUGUGCCCGUAGCAAGAUCCGCUACUGAGUGGCUGGUACAGAACUACAAUUUCGGCAAUAUUCCGGAGGAUCUCCUGUUUUCCUCAAAGGCUACAUUUUGUACAGUCCAGUCAGGAGAACACUAGAGGCCAACUGUAACCUGUCUGCGACCUGCAGCAAGCGCCAUGGUUUCAAGAGACUUAGGGGGACAUUUACUAAGCAGUGAUAAGAGCGGAGGGGCCAGUGGAGAAGUUGCCCCAUCAAACAAUCAGCAGCUCUGUAUCAUUUUAGAGUAUGCAAAUUCUAGAUGUUACUCCAGUGCUGAUUGGUUGCCAUGGGCAAUUUCUCCACUGGUUCACUUCUCCACUCUUAUCACUGCUUAGUAAAUGUCCCCCUUAAAGCGGCAAGUCGCAGGCUAUUACAUUUGGCUCUAUUCUUAAAAAACCCAAAAAAUUAAAAAUGGGAUUAUACAAAAAAAAAAUUAUCUUCCUUACACCAUCCACACAUACAAUAUGUCACUCUGUACACGUUUAAGCAACUUGCCAGAACAAAUAUGUACUAUCUGCUUGGUGGAAGCAUUUUCUCCAUGCACACCAGACUCGGGAGUGAAUAGAAAUUUAUGAACGUGUUAGUUGAAUGACUGUUUAUCGUCCUGAGAGGACUCUUACUAUAACCUUAUUUUACAAUUACAUAUUUAUUCAUAAUAA